GGUUCACUGAAACAAAUUGAUGCAAGCAAUGGCCAUGUUUAUGGAGUCAAUGAUGCAGGUGGCAUCUAUACCUGGAACGUAAAUCAAUGGGUUCAGGUUCCUGGUGGUCUCACUCAUGUCACUGUGGGUCCUGCUGGAGUCUGGGGUGUAAACAGUCAGAACCUCAUCUACAGAUUAGUGGCUGGAUCCUGGGUCCAAAUUUCAGGUCUAUUGAAGCAGAUUGAUGCAGGUGGACCACAGUUUGUGUCUGGAGCCAACAUGAACGAUGACAUUUAUUGCUUAAAUAAGAAUGCAGCAAUAACUGUGAGAGAUGGUUCGGGACUCCCCUGGAUCAACAUCCCAGGGAAGCUCAAGUACUAUGCCAGUGGUCCACUGGGUUGCUGGGGAGUUAACUCAAAUGAUGACAUCUACUUUAGGACUGAUGUUGUUACUGAUUCCUGUGUGGGCACACAAUGGCAACAAAUCGAUGGCAAACUCUCUAUGAUCGAGGUAUCAACAGAUGGGUCAGUGUAUGGUGUGAACAGUGCUGGAGAACUUUACAGGAGGGAUGGAAUUUCCUGUAACAGUCCCACAGGGACAACAUGGACGAAGGUGGAGAUUCCUGGCAACAAGUUAGUAAAACAUGUCUCCUCCGACCUUGGAAUUGUCUGGCUUAUCGAAACAGAUGGAAGUAUAUUAAAGUGUAACCAGUAGUGUGGGAAUUAUAAAUCCAUUCCCAGUACAGCCAUGAAGACUAAUAAACUAGCUAUAUCUCUGUGUAUUGUUUAACUUUUAGGAUAUAGUAAAUUCAUUGUAACAAAGCCCAUAAAAUGAUGCAUCAGUCUUCGGCACUUUGUGUGACGAUCACAAGUUCCCUUUGCAAUAUACUGAAUACUGUAUUACUGCUGAUUUUUAUAUAUUAUGUUUUCAUUCACAGUGAGAAAUGAGAAUUUUUGUGAAGAAACCAGUAUAUUUUUAUCUGAUGUGAAAUUAAUAAAACAGAAGGAAACAAAACACA